AUGGAUCAUUAUGAAUUGUCAAACCAUUUUAAAAUUAUUACAUCCUAUUUCGACGAAAAUAAGGCAUUAUUCAUAAAUGGAAAUGCUAGUAAAUUAAGCAAAAAAAACGAAGUAAUUAAUAACCAAAAUGAAGACAAUGGGUAUAAUCAGAAAAUAAACAAACUAGAAAAAUUAAAACGUGACAAUGAUGGCUACUAUUGUGAGUGUAAAAUAAAUAAAGAUGAUAAUAAGACGUUCCUAAAAUCGUUUUAUGAAAAUGAUUCAAACAUAAUAACUCCUAUUAGUAGUUAUCCUCCCAAUCAAAAAUUAUGUAAUAAUCAAAAAAAGAAAGAAAAAACAAAUUUAAUUAGUUGUUAUAAAUAUAAUAAUUUAUUAAACAAACAGAAUGGACUCCAAAAUAGCAACGAAAUUAAUUUGAAUAAUCUAAGUUGCAAUAGAAAAAAUCCUAUUAAGAAUGAAUAUAAUGAAAAAUUCUCAGAUGAGUCAAUAAACGAAAAUUUUAUUCAAUUAUUUGAAAAUAAUAGAAUUAUGUUAAGUAAUGAAUUACGUAAUGUUUCAUCAAAUGAUUAUAAAUAUGUCGACAAAUUACGUCCAGAAAAUGUACCUCCCAAAAAUAAAAUAUAUGAAAAUGAUAAAACAAAUAAUAUUUAUUCUAAUAAUAAUAUAAGUCUUAAUCAAAAAAAAAAUGUUUUUUCAAAAUGUUUUUUAAACGGCUCCUUUACAUAUAAUGACAACAUUAAUUUUAAUAAUAUAUCUAAUGAAGAUAUAAGUAAAAAAUUUAAUAAUCAGAAGAUAUGUAUAAAUAAAAAUGGAAUAAAAAAUACUAAAAUGUUAAAUAGUUAUUUUGAACAAUCUGCUAAUCAAAAUGAUCAUAAAACAAAUAGUCGAAACACAUCUUCUAAAGAAUUUAGAGAUUCGUUAGCUAGAAAAGACAAUACUUUAAUUGUUAAUUCAGAUGAAACUAAAAAGGUAACUCUUUGUAGUAGUAUAUGCAACAUUAAACAAUUGAAAAAAAUGAUGAAUACAAGUGAGGAUAGUGAUGAUGCAUUAUUUUAUAAAAAUAUAAAAUGUUUACCUGGAAAAUUGGAAGGGGAUGAAGAAAAAAAGAAUGAAAAUAUUGACGAAAAUAAUAAGUAUCAUAAUAAGAUGAGCCGAAAUAAAAUUAAUAUAUCCCAAGAUAAAAUAAAUGAUGGUUAUGAGCUAGUGCAUAUAUAUGAUCCAUGUUUUAGUAAAUGGAAACGUGUGAAAUACAGAGGUGAAAAAGGAAAAAUAUAUAGAAAUGAUAACCAUGAUAAAAUUUUCAACCUUUUAAACAAUUUAAAAGAAACAUCAAUUUUUUAUUAUAAAAAUAAAAACCUACAUAGAUAUUAUUCAUCAUAUGGUAAAAGAGAUAAUAUUUAUUUUGAUAAUUAUGAAAUUUCUAAUGAUACAAAUAUGGGUCUUUCAAAUGUUUGUAAUAAAAGGGAUGAUAAUAAAUUGAGCAUAUCAUUGCAAGAAUUCAAAACAUGUUUAUUCCGUGAAACAAAAGAAAAAGAAAACAAAGUGAAGAAUACAUUAUUUAUGACUAUUUUAAGUAAUGAUAGUGCACGUUUUUCAUCCAUUAAAAAAUGUAACAGCUUAAAUCAAAAUGCUUUAAUAAAAAAAAAAAAUAAUAAUUUCGAUUUAAGUGUGUAUUCUAAAAGCAUGGUUGUUAUAAGUAUGAAUAAAUAUGAUAUAUGUGAAAAUAAAAAAAUACUUACUAAUAACAUUUUGUGGAAAAAUAAAGAUUUUCAAAACAAACAAUUCGAACUAGAAAAUAUUAAUAACGAAAAGAUGAAAAAUAAAACUGACGUACAUAAUAAAAAUACGAAAAGGGAUACCUCGAAAAAAAGAGGACGGUCAAGUGAUAAAAGAAGGAACAGUUCUUGUGAAGGUAGUAAAAAUUAUGGCACAGAAAAAGGUGGCAAUAAUAAUAUGGAUACAGGAGAUAAAAAUGGGGACGAGAAUGACAACGAUAAUAACGAAAACAACGGGAAUGAAAAUUAUAGUAGCUCAAAAAGCAGUAGUAACUGCUCUAGUAGUAGCAACGGUAGUAGCAACAUUGCUCCCGAGAAAGAAGGAAAAGCAGAUUUCGACGUCUAUUAUGAACCCAGAGCCAAAAUAUAUAACUCAAUAAAGGGAUCCAUUGAAAAUAAUUGUUUUGAAAAUAUGAGAAAAUGCUUAAAUGUAAAAAGAUGUGAAAUAAUAUUAGAUGUGAAUAAAAAAAAACCAUGCUUAAGUUUUCUUUCUAAAAGGGGACAUGAAAAUCGGAAAUAUAAAUUAAACUUUACGCAUAAUAUAAAAAAGAAAAAAAUUCGAAAAAAUAGAUAUUAUAAAAUUACGAAUACAAAAAAGGAGAAGGCCGAAUGUUUAGGUUUAAGAAAAGAUAGUAAAAAGAUAUCACGAAGAAAAUUAAAUAUAAAUAAAUCCUCGUCCUAUAUCGAUUUUUUUACAAAAAAAUAUAACUCAAUAAGUUAUAUAGAUAUAAAAAAAAAUGGAAUAAAUACAUAUUUGUUUAGGGAAAAAAUUCAAAAUAACGAUACAUCACUUCAAUCAUUUGAAAAAAUAGACAAAGUAAAGGAAUAUAGCAAUACUACAUUUAGAGAAAUAAAAACAGAGAGUAAAAUGGAUUUGGAUAAUAGUGAAAAAAAUAAUGAUAUUUUUGGAAGUGAUAAUAUAACAGUUGAUUUAAGGGGGACGUUUUCGGGUACGUCUUUUAGGCGUUACAAAUGUUGUGAAAAUGAUCACAAAAUGAGGAAAGAGGUUGAUUGGAAUAACAAUAUUUGGAAUAGUGGUUUUGAAAAAAAUGUUAAAACAAGCAAUUAUUAUUAUAAGAAUAAUACCGUUUGUGAGCAUAAAGCUAAGACUUAUGAAAGUUUAGUAACAGAAAAGGAUCCCGUGGCAAGUAACAAAGAUACAUCUAAAAAGUGUUAUCUUUUAUCGUAUAAUAAUUUGACCAAUAGUUGUGUGAAGGAAAGAGGAAUGGAAAUGGAGGUUAUUCGAAAAAAAAAUAUUAAACACAAUAUUAAUAAUUAUGAUACCAUUGACACUUAUUAUCAUAAAUACGUGAAAAAAGGAGAAAUUCUUGAAGCAAAGAAAACAAUAAAAGAUAAAAAAAAGGAAAAAAGGAAGGAUAUGAAAAAGGAUAGCACAAAAAAGAAGAAAAAAGAAACAGAAAGAAUAGGACGAAAUAAUAAAUGGAUAAAUAAAGUUAAUGGAAAUGAAGAUAGUUCGGGGUAUUUAACUAAACCUAGUUGUACCAUAAAUGAAAAUGGAUUUUUUUUUAAUAAUCGAUAUUAUAUAAUAGGUUUAAUAUAUUAUGGGUAUAAUUCACAGGUAUAUAAGUGUAUAAAUAUAAAAGAUAAAAAGACAUAUGCUAUGAAAGUUGUAUUAAAAGAAAGAGAGAAUUAUGAGAUGGUGAAAAACGAAUUGAAUAUUGAUAAAUUUAUGAAAAAAUAUAUGUUUUUAAAAAAAAAUCCACACAAAAAUAUUAUACCGAUAUAUGAUAUAUUUAGUGACAACAAUUAUAAUUUUAUUAUUAUGGAAUUUUGUAAAGGAUCGACUUUACUUGACUAUUUCAUGUCGUUAGUACCGGGUUCUUUACAUAUAUAUGAAAUUAAAAAAAUAAUGAAAAAUAUUUUUUUAGCAUUAGACUUUUUACAUUCUAGAGGUUUAAUACAUAGAGACAUUAAACUUGAAAAUAUUAUGUUUACAAAAAAAAAAAUGAGAAAUUUUAAUUAUAAGCAAUGUGAUAACUUUGAUUUAGAUAAUUACACGGAUCCUUUUUUUUUAUUUGAGGAGAAGGGGAAGACAUGUAAUCGUGGAAUAGUACGAAAUUCAGUAUUAAAAAAAUGUGAAUCUAAAAUUGACCUUAAUAAUAAACAGGAUAAUGAUUUAUUUUUACUAAAAGAGGAAAUCGAUACAAUUCAUAAGGUAGAUGUAGAUAAGUGUUGGAAUUCAAAUGGGAAUAUUGAAUAUGAAAUUGAUUCUGAUACAUCUAGUAGUGAUAAUAUCGAAUGGAACAAUAUAUGGUGUGACGAUCGUUAUCAAGAUGAAUCAUCAUAUAAUUGCGAAUUAAUUGAAGAAUUUAAUUUUGAAAAUAGUAGUAACAAUAUAUCAGAAAUUAGAAAAAAACCAAGAAGUUUUGAUGCAUAUAAUAAUUUAUUUGGCAACUUAGAUGCGUAUAAUUGUGAUGAUUCAAGUAAUAUCGAGAAUAAUAGUUUAGACAAUGUAAUGGGUAGAAAUUUAGUAAAUAUUUUGGAUAAUAGUUAUAAUUUUAAAUUAGGAAAAAUAUAUAAAAAUGGUUCGACUAUACAAAUAAUAAAUAAAAAUAAUUUUCAAAAAAAGAAUAUAAUAAUAAAGAAAAAUAGUUCAUUAACAGCCAUUAAAUCGAAAAGAUCAGAGGAAAAAUAUUUGAUAAAUUCUGAAAAGGUAAAAUAUAGAGACACAGAAAAUAGAAAUAAUUGCAGAAAAAAUAAUAAUGAUAAAAAAAGCAGCUUUAAAAAGAGAAGGAAAUAUUUUCCGUGUAAUUUAUAUGACAAUUUAUGUUUAAUUGAUAUGGAUAUGAUGGAGGAUAUUUCUAAUAAUAAUCCAAAUAAAAAUAAAAAACAAAAUAUAAUUUGUGGAACAGCAUCAUAUAUGUCACCAGAAUCGUUUGAUGGUAUUUUAUCAGCAAGUAAUGAUAUAUGGGCAUGUGGUGUUAUUUUAUAUGCAUUGAUGGACGGUCGAUUUCCAUAUGAAAUAUAUAAUACAAUGCCUAAUUAUUUAAAAAAAAAAAUUUUAAGAUAUACAAAACCUAAUUUUGAUCCUUUUAUUUGGCAAGAAAGUCCAGAUUUACUUGAUUUAUGUUUGAGACUUUUAGAUCCUAAUCCUUUAACACGAAUUCAAAAUGCCAAAGAAGCUUUAAUUCAUUGUUGUUUUUCUGAUAUAGUAUAA